UCUGUUCAAUUUGGCUGUUGUAGUAUUCAGCUUCAUCAUGACUGGACACCUGCUGUUUGUCAUCCUCAUGAUUUCCUCUCAUGAGUAUCAAGUCCAAGCUCUUCUUCCACCAACACUGACAGUGAACACAGCAGAGAUCUCAGAGACAGACUCAGUCACGUUACACUGUCAGGCACCAGCAUUUGCCUCAGUUCAUCACUGUUAUUUUUAUACUGGGGAGCAACAAGGUAACAAAGGCGUCUCAUGUCUGCAGUCACUGACAGGAACUGAACUGCUGUUUAUGUCACAUCAGAGUUCACCUGCUGAGGUCAAAGUCAGAUGUUUUUACACAGUGGAGGACGGAUCUGUGAAUUCUCCUUCAGCGCACAGUAACUCAUCCUCCAUCAGCAUACAAAGUCAAAAACCAGAGAUGAGUGUUCAGCAUUUUGAUGGGGAAUCUGUUCUCAUCACUUGCUCUCUGCCUGUAUCUGUGAAAGACAAUACAAGAUGUAAUCUGUACUUUGGAGAAGCAAGUCGUUCAGUCUUAAAUGAAGCUGUCUCAAAGGAAAGCAGCAUAAAAACCAAACAGAGGUUCUGCCAGUUUUAUGUUGCAGUUGCUGAUUUUUUGAGGCAUUUACAUUUUGUUCAGCAAAAAGAUGCCAGCUGUGAUUACAGUUUGGAAAAUGAACCCAACUCUUUGUCACCUCGCAGUGAUCAAUACAGCUUGAAAGAUAUUGUGGAAAAAGAACCACCAGUGACUGUCAUGAAAUCAUCAUUUUCCGCGACCGCAGACAUUAUGGAAAGAGAAUCAACAAUGACAGACACAAAACCAUCAUCUACUCUAACCAUGGUAACUACUACUAAUCUAAACCAUGCAACUAAUAUGACCUCUGCAACCACAAAAGCUGAGGACAUGACAUCAGGAAGGAGUAACACAGUAGAUCACACAUUUGAAAAACCUGUAAAUAAAACAAACACUGGAGAAUCAAGUCCCAGCACACCCAGUGCUUCCACUUUUACCACUUCUGGGACCUCACCAUCAGGAACGUGGACACUGACUGUUGUGUUAGUCGUCGUUGGUUUCGGUGUAACUGUGGGCGUCAUUUUACUGGUGCUGAUGAUUCUUAGAUCUAAAAGAAGAAAUGACAGAUAUUCUCCAAAGAGGUUUAAAGCCAAAACCACAGAUGACUUUGUAUGCAUGACAAAUACUGACCAUGGAGGAAUGCCACUUGUAAGUAAUGAUGGAGCCUACAGUGUGAUCACUUCAGUGGCUGCUGUCAGAUGUACUACUGGUGCAGAGAAACUGAACAGAGAAGAGUUUAAACAUGACGAGUCUGAUGUUUAUCAUGUAUACGCCACCAUCUCUGAGGAACGAGCUACACCAGUCCCACAGGAUAUGCUGCAGGCACACUGAAACAUUUAAACCUUUCAUACUGUGCUCUAGCAAAAACCUGAGAUGCUGAUGCCUUCCUGUAAACUUGAAGCAGUCUGGCCAUUCUCCUCUGACCUUUGGCAUCAACAAGGCAUUUUACCUGAGAGAACUGAAGCCCACUGGGCAUUUUCUCUUCUGUGGAGUGUACAGAUCAACAGUUUGAACACUACUCAGAAAGGCAUGUCUGCCACCAACAACCAUGCAUCCUGUUCAAAAUCACUCAAAUCCCCUUUCUUCUCCAUUCUGAUUCCCAUUUUGAACUUUAGUGGGUCAUCUUGAUUAUAUAAAAAGGCCUAAAUUCACUAAGUUUCUGCAAUUUGAUUAGUUGAUUAGGUGUUUGCUUGAAUAAUCAGUUAAACAGCGGUAAUUAAUAAGUGUACCUAAUAGCUGCACCUAAUAAAGUGUCUGUUUACUGUAUACAGAAAAUACAUUGAAAAACAACAAAGCCAGAUUUAAUUGACUUUAACAUGAAAAGUGUAAACAAGAACAGAGACUAUGAACAUUUAACAGAAUCAUGUGGAGAUUAAAUGUUUGGCUGAUAUAUGGUCAGGGUAUUGUGGAAAUUAAUGCUGAAUUAAAGCAAAAUAUAAUUUUACAAAGUUAUGUGUGUGUGUGUGUGUGUGUGUGUGUGUGUGUGUGUGUGUGUGUGUGUGUGUGUGUGUGUGUGUGUUUGUGUGUGUGUGUGUGUGUGUGUGUGUGUGUGUGUGCAGAUAGUGAGGCCUUUUACCCAGACAAAGCCAAAGCAAUAUGCUGCAAUGUACAAACACAUUCAUCUUAUCUUUAUUUCAUCCUCCCUGUGGUUCUUUUAUCUCAGUGCAACAUGUAUAGAAAUUUACGAAAAGCUGUUCUUUGUGCAUCUUUGUGGCCUUAAUGUGUCAGUGCUGUUGUUUCCUGUGGUUUUUAGUGUGAAUGGGUUUUGAAAAGUGUAUGCAGUACUGAAUACUACAGUUGUAGUAUUCAGCUUCAUUAUGGACAGCUGCUGUUGUCAUCUUCAUGUGUCAGCCAAACCUCCUGAAGAAAUUUUUAUCUGUGUUAUUGCUCUAUUCUGUUUAUUAAUUUACUGAAAAACUGUGGAGUCCGAAACUUAUUUCGUCAGUGUGACAAAUGCAAUGUACCUUGAUCUGGACUUUCACUUCUA